AUGUCAGCCAAGAAAAACAAAGCUGCAGCGACCAUCACGCUCUCCUCCGAUUCGGAGGACGGCACCAAGGCCACCACCCUUUCCAAGACCACGACCAAGAUGGGCGCCGUGACCGCCACCUCGUCGAGCAAGCGAUCGACCCCAGCCCAGAAGACGUCCGCUUCUGCCACGAAGAAGAAACGAGAUGAUGAUGGUGAUUAUGCGAUGGAUGAUGAGGAGGAGGAAGAGGAGUACAAGCCUUCGACGUCAAGUUUGAAGAAGAAGGGAACGAAUGGGACCGCUACCGGGUCGUCUGCAAAGCGAAAAUCCAUCGUCCCGACUACCGAUGAGGAUAGCGAUGACGACGACGAUGUCAAGGGCAAGGGGAAAGCUAAAGCCAAGAUCGCACCCAUUCAGAAAAAAGCCAAAGUCGAGGACGACGAUAACGAGGACAAGGUCGAAGCCAAACCCAAGCCCAAAUGGUCGUACAAACCGAGAGCAGGGCCUUCUGCGCCAGGUGGGUCGGUCAGACUGGUGUCAGUGUCUCCAAACCUGAGGGGAGAAAGCUGAAAAGGUACAACAAUCCCAGGGAGCAAGGAUGUUCCCGUCGGUGCGGAGAACUGUCUCGCCGGGUUGACCUUCGUCUUUACUGGCGAAUUGGAUAGUCUGUCGCGCGAGCAGGGGCAGGAACUCGUCAAGCGCUACGGAGGGUGAGCGCGACUGGCUCGACACCGACUUGCCCGAUGUUAUCUGAUCCUUCAAAGACUACCAUGCAGCCGCGUGACGUCAGCACCCUCUUCCAAGACAUCCUUCGUCGUCCUCGGGCAAGAUGCCGGACCAAAGAAGCUCGAGAUGAUCAAAAAGCACAAGCUCAAGACUUUGAAUGAGGACACCUUUCUCGAACUAAUCGGCAAACGACCCAGUGGAGCCGCCGAUCCCAAGUUCAAGGAGCAGCAAAAGAAGGAAGAGGCCAAGGUGCAGGACAUGGUCAAGGAGAUGAGCAAGAAGAAGGAUGGGCCGUGAGUGACCAACGAGAUCGCAAAAGGGUAGGCCAGAGGAGUUGAUUGCUUUCGAAGAUUGCGAAAACUUCACAGUGAAUUACUCAACCAAUUGUGGACCGUCAAGUAUGCCCCAACCAAGUUGUCAGAGGUGUGCGGCAACAAAUCGACGGUCGAAAAGCUGUCCAAGUGGCUCGAGGCCUGGUCAGUCUUCCGUCCCGCGAACCCGGCCUCUUAGUCCCAUCGAUGCUCACGCAAUGUGGGCGUUCCUGCGUUCCGUACAGGCCCAAAUCACUCAAAUCCGACUUCAAAAAACCGGGACCGGACGCGAUGGGCGUCUUCCGAGCCGUGCUUAUUAGUGGACCUCCCGGCGUGGGCAAGACGACCUCAGCCCAUCUCGUGGCCAAGCAGUUCGGCUACGACAUCCUCGAAUUGAACGCAAGUGACGUCAGGAGCAAGAAAUUGUUGGAGGUAGGUGGGGCCUCACCGGAUAAAAGGUUGAGAAUACGAUGCUAAUCGUUUCAAGUUUCGAGCGCGUUCGCAUUCACCUAGUCGGCUUUCAAGUCCAAGACGUCGGACACGACCAUCUCAGGCUUCUUCAAGAAAGACGAUGGGUUGCAACAGGUGGGUGGUGGUGGGCAAUACGUGGGGAUGGCGUCACCAACUGACCGCCUUGGAUGCCACUUCGGUCGCCCAGGGUGAUAACCUCGGCAUCAACAAGAAGUCGAUCAUCAUCAUGGACGAGGUCGACGGCAUGUCCGCCGGUGAUCGCGGUGGUGUCGGUGCGCUCAACGCCUUGAUUCGCAAGACCAAAGUCCCCAUCAUCGCCAUCUGCAACGACAACAAGUCACCCAAGAUGAAGCCGCUCGCGACGACCUGUUUCCAAAUGUCGUUCCGUCGGCCGACGCCCCCCGAAAUUCGUUCGAGGAUCAUGUCGAUCGCUUUCAAAGAGCAGCUCAAAAUACCCGUCAAUGCAGUUGACCAGCUCAUCGCGGGGUCGCAGUCGGAUAUUCGACAGGUCGUCAAUAUGCUGUCGACGUGGAAAUUGAGCCAGCGGGCGACGAUGGACUUUGAUGAUAGCAAGAAACUGUGAGUUGUGGCCUGGAGCAAUGGUGCACGGGGGCCGCAAUCGAUACUGAUGGCCCCUCGGCUCUGGUCAGUGCCAAGAUGAACGAAAAGAACAUGAUUCAAACGCCUUGGACAUUGUACGGCAAGCUCUUCUCCCCCGGCUCGUUCGCACCCAACUCGGCCAUGUCGCUCAACGAGAAGCUCGAGGUCUACUUCCACGACCAUUCCAUCAUGCCCUUGUUCGUGCAAGAGAACUAUCUGCGCGGCAACUUCACUUCGGCGAGUCGGUUCUCGGGCAAAGAGCAACAGCUCAAGAAGUUGGAGCUCGUGUGCAAUGCCGCGGAUGCGUUGUCGGAUUCGGAUUUGAUUGAUAGGAUGAUCCAUGGGUUAGUCACGCGACGCUGUGUUCAGUUGACUCAUCAUCUGACGAAGGCCGAUGCAGGAGCGAACAACACUGGUCUCUAAUGCCCACACACGGCAUGUUCUCUUGCGUUCGUCCGGCGUUCUACUGCCAUGGCGGUGGAGGCUAUCCGAUGUUCCCCGCGUAAGCCAUCUCAACAUCUUCAACUACCUCUGUUGAACUUUCCACUCACUUUACUUUCUUUACGGACUGUCACGAAUAGCUGGCUCGGCAAGAACUCGGCUCAAGGCAAGAUGCAACGCUUGCUGGGUGAUGUUCAGAUCCACAUGCGACUUCGCGUCUCGGGCGAUCGUCGCGAGAUCCGUCAGAGCUACAUCCCGACCUUGUUCCAACAAAUCGUGACGCCCAUACUCGAAAGGGGUGCUGUGAGUACAUGUUUACCGGUCCUUUGGGCUGCAAGGUAUUGCUUACUGAUCUGAGGUGCAUCUUCUCGACUUCUAGGAGGCGGUGCCUUCCGUCAUCGAGACCUUGGACGACUAUUACCUCACCAAAGAAGACUGGGAUUCGAUCGUCGAGCUCGGCGUAGGCGACCACGCCAGUGAACCCCUACUCAAGAAGAUCCCCGCCGCUGCCAAAGCCGCCUUCACACGCAAAUACAACACCAGCGACCACCCCGUACCUUUCUACAAGAAUUCGGUGGGUAAACCAGCUAUGAAGAUCGCGAAUGCUGGACCGGCGCCGGAUUUGGAAGAGGCGCUUUUGGAUGAUGAGGAGGUGGUCGAUUCGGAUGAGGCUGAGCAGGGGGACGAUUCGGGGUCGGAGAUGGAUAUAACCAAAGAUAAGAUGAUCAAGAAUAAGGCGGCGGGGGCGAAUAAGAAGGGGAAAGGAAGCGCCGCGACGAAGAAGAAGUAA